GAUGGAGACCGAAGAACAGCAAGUAGACGAAGCGCCACCGCAGGAGACCCAACCCGUCGUCUCACAACCACCACCACCGCCUAUUUCCGAAAUAGCUCAAAUGGUUUGUGGGUCUUGCCGCCGCUUACUUACAUACCCGCCUGGAGCCAAGCAUGUUCAAUGCUCAUGCUGUCAGACUGUCAACUUUGUGCUAGAAGCCCAUCAGGUUGGCCAGGUCAAAUGCGAUAGUUGUACAACGCUGCUGAUGUACCCAUAUGGAGCUCCAUCCGUUAGGUGUUCCUCUUGCAGUUUUGUGACAGAAGUUAAGGAUCACAACAUGCGCCCUCCAUGGUCUGUUCAACAAGGACAACCAACUGCACCAUCCAAUUCUGUUCACUAAGCAGCUUAUGUGAGGCACAUGUGUGCAAAUUGUAUAUAGAGAAAGUCAAUCAGACAGUGUAUCACUCAUGUUUCGGAAACUUUGAUUUUGAUUAGUGUAAUCCUUUUCUCUUUGUUCUUAUUUUCAAAAGAAUGUGGUACAUAGCUCCGUCUGAUACUAGUUUGUUAAAUAUUCUGAAUUAUGUUUGAUGAGAAGAAACCCAAACG